AUGGAGGACGACGAAUUCACCAUACCCACUUCUCCACCAUCUCUCAAACAAAAACUCAAAAACUCACUCUGCUUCUCCUGCUGUUUCACCCAUCGCAACACCACCGCAACCCAAGUUCACUCCCUCGAUUACCACCCUCCGCCGCCGCGGCCGCCGUCGUACUCCGAUGAAAACCCGUUGCUGAUCUGGAUCAAGCCUGAUAUCAAAGACAAGUGCCGUACGAUCUUCAAUUUCAUCAGUAACGGGAACGGAAACCGCCAUAAACGACACUCAUCUGCUGAGUUCCGUUAUGACCCGUUGAGUUACUCGCUGAAUUUCGAAGAUGAAGCUCCUUUAACGAAUUUCUCUUCUAGACUUCCUCAGUCGCCAUCGCCUCCCCCGCCGCCGGUGAAGAAUUUGGGUAUUGCUGCCGCUGGUUUAUGA